CUUUUCUACUUACUCAAUUUACUCAAUUUUCUUCAGCACCAGACUAACAUUCACAUGUUGGAUGAAUAUUAAAGGUUUUCUUUCUCGAUAUUAAAUAUUGAAGUAAUUGCAUCAUGAAUUUCCAAAAAUGAGAUGUGUCUCUACAGUACCUAAAUCUGGAACUAUAGAAAACGGGGGGUAACGAAAAAAGGGGGGAGAACCUACACAGUCAUCCAAAAUUCUCACCAAAUAAAACUUAAGAUGGAAUCACAAAUACUGUCUAGCAUCGGAGAGACUGGCUUCAAUCCAAAACAUGCUGUUAUUUGGCUUGAAGACCAACCCGAAGAGUUACAGCUUUGGCAGUCCAUCUUUGAAGAGCUUCUCCUUUUUGCUGCGAAGCCAAGACAAUCAUCUGGGAAUGCUUGUGUAAAACUAUAUGGUUUUGUCGAGCAAUGCUCUAAAUCUACCAAACCCGGGUUAAGAUCCUUUGCUUUCGCAGAGGACACUGCCCUGAAGCUCUUCAACUUCUUCAUGGAAUGGAAUGAGCAAGAUUCCCACCGAUCUAUGAGACUUAUAUUGGAUUUCCUUAUACACUCCAUAUCUAAUAAUCCCACACCAGAGACUGGUGCCUCUGUUAAGGUAGCUAUAUUGAACAAUACCCUAUCCACAAUCACUCAGCAGUCAUCCCGACCGUCCGUGAAAUCUGCCCUGGUUGCUCUAGACCAUUUGAUCCAGAAGAAAUUAGUAUACCUAUACAGCAUUCUGGAGAGAUUCAGAGAGAUUCACAGUCUCCCCCCAGAGGAUGACGCACUCUGGAAUGCCUUCAUUGCCAAGAUUUUUGCCUGGAUGGAACAGCAUCACAUGUGCCCUGUAGCUGGAAAGCUCCUCGUUACUAUCUUCACUAGUCCUUGGUACGAAGACAGUGAUAUAACGCAUCGACCCGAGGCCUGGCACAAAUUCAUAUUCAGGGGCUUGGAGUCGAACUUGGAGUACCUUGAGCCAAUUAAACAUUACAUUUUCGUCCCGUUGUUCAAAACGGAUAGGCCUGGUGCAUUGAUGUACCUAAACCAUCUCUUUUCCCUGCAAAAGCUCACCAAAAAUGGCAGCGGCAGCUGGGACCUCAAUUCAAUGCUCUGGCUCGCCAUGCUUGAAGAAGGGAAGAAGUUUGGAGUAGUAAAUGAACCAGGUCGUGAAUCGGAGCAGAACUCUGCAUCGGCUUUCUAUCUCCAAGCAGACGUGCUUGAGAGUGUCUUAUGCCACGACUCUAAUGAGGCGCGAUCAUCCGCCUUCUCUGUUCUCAUUGCGUCACCCUCCACAACGAAACCAUAUACAGUAGAAGCACUAGAGCUCCUUAAACAACAUUUGCCGUCAUUCCACGAGGAUGCCGAGCCGAAGAUGCGCUACGACGUUUUAGGGCAUUCAAGGAAUAUGCUAAAACGAAUCCAAAAUACCGUGGAGUCACUUCGGCGAGGAGAAGAACGGAUUUCAAAGAAGACUGAAAAGCCGGGAUCAAGUAAAGUGGCGAGUAAAAGUGCCCCUUCGACGUCUGCUGAAGAAGCAAAAAAUCACGUUCCCGAAAAGCAACAGAACGACACUGUGACAAAAAUGCGUGCCACGCUACGCCAACACGAAGACUUUAUCUCCUGGUAUAUUGGGUUUCUCAGGAGUGAACUCGCUCCUACCACAUCCUACCAGCGACAUAUAACCGCAUUAAAGGCAAUGGGGUUCAUAAUUCAGCCAGUACCACCUCAAGGGGGUGGCUCUUCUGAGUUAAAAGAUUUACUGGUUGAUGCAACAUGGUUCCGCUUAAAUUUGGAUCUGAUAAUGGACCCCUUCGAUGAUGUUAGGGAGGUUGCAACUUCAUUGAUGAUGUCGCUAUCAAUUGAAAGUAACAAGCCGGACUCACAAAAGCAGGUAGGUGUAGUAGGAAAGACGACCACCGAAGAGCUUCGAAGCUUUUGCCAUAAGGCAGACGAACUUGCCAGGAGAACUGCUCGUGCUGAUCACUCUGAUGGUGCUGCUCGAUCUUUCGAGCUCCUGUGCCGUUGGAGUUUGACUAUGAGUGACCGACUUCAAAUUCCAUUUAAGGUGCUGUCAAGUCUUGAGGCUAAACUCUCCUCGGCCGAGCAAGAUCUGGCAAAUGCAGUACUCCAAGCUCCAUUACAUGGUAGCUUUGCGUCUCUUCGCUAUAUAUGGGGUUCGCUUUGGAAUACCAAGUUUUCCGAGGCGGAGCUCAGCUUGCUAGAUGAAUUACAGAGCCGUGCCGUUAUAUGUUGUCAACGGAUAUGGAAAGCUGUACGACAUGUUCUUUGCGAUGAUUCUCCCGAAGGCCACCUGCCAGAGGAGCUCGAGGAAGUUGAGGGUCUCGAUACUAAGGACUUAUUAAGCUACAGUUUUCGUGCAAUCCAUGAGUCCAGCAACUUAAUGCGAACAAUAGCAAAUAACGCUCGUCAAAGCCGUUCCAGGGGGCUUCUAGCGCCCUCUAAACAUAACUUUGAGGAAAUCGGACGGCUCACGUUCGAUGAAUUGUCAAACCUGCGACAUCGAGGAGCAUUCACGACUGUAUCUCAGACUUUUACGACUUGCUGUCAAUUGGUCAAGUGUUUCCCGGUUGACUCGAAGGAUGGGCCAAGUUUGCUAGAUGAAUGGUACGAGGGGGCUCUUGCUUGCAUCCACACGCAGGCAUCAACCACUCGGAGAUCUGCAGGUAUCCCAGCUCUCAUAGUUGGCAUACUUUCAUCUCAUUCAGAUCGCCCAUCUUUUGAGGAGGUGAUUCGUAAUCUCCAGGAAAUUGGUCGUCGACCAGCAUUAGUAUCCGAGACAGACGGGUCGAAUCUGCCUCAAGUGCAUGCUUUAAACUGCAUUAAGGACAUUUUCAAGAGUUCUUAUCUGAGUAAAGGAGCAGGGCCGUAUCUCACUGACUGCCUCCAGCUAGCAGUUGAUAGUCUCAGAUCAGAAUUAUGGGCGAUUCGGAACUGCGGUCUUCUGCUUCUACGAAGUCUCAUUGACUGUCUCUUUGGUACAAGUGAAAGCAAGGCUUCCAUUGAGGGCGGUUGGGACGGCCGGACCAUUAAGAUCCCCUAUCAUAAGUUCAAGGCUCUCCCUUCACUUAUCGUGAAUCUUUUAGAGAUGGGUCAGCAAUCAAAGGGGGUCUUGAUAGGGACACAAACGGCCGAGUCGGUCUUCCCGGCACUCGAUAUCAUCCGCCGCGCUGGACCACCCGAGGAGUUCCGCGAUAAACUCUACGAUAUCAUUGCGUGGUACUUGGGAAGUCACAUCUGGCAUGUCCGAGAAAUUGCAGCUCGGACCUUGUGUUCUUUUCUUCUCAGACCAGGCUGGUUGGAAGCCGUUACGAAUCUCUUGGUUAGCUCUGGAUCAUCUGCAAACAAGCUUCACGGCGCGCUUCUAACCCUCAAAUUCUUACUUGAUCGGCUUGCUGAGGUCAUGCCUGAACAACUUCGAGACCAAGAUAUACGUGCUGUCUAUGACUUGCUCGUGAAACUACCUUCAAUAAAUCCCUAUAUUAUCACAUGUUCAGAAGCAAGGGCCGUCUGUAUCGAGAUUAUCAACUUCUUGACAAGAUUGAACUUUUCAGAAAGCCCGCGAGAAACAGAUCUUGUGACCGGACUUUCGGGACUCAGCACUGACUUUGGUACAAGCACGGGGCCCUCGGCAUUACUCGAUAUCAGACUUGGACAGGUAACUGUUCAGCAUGUUCUUCAGCAAUCCAGCACAGAUAUGGGUACAACUCUGGCACACAUCUUGACGGCCGCUCUAGAAGGAGAUAUCAACGUUGCUUGCUCUAUACUAGAGAGUAUGCCUACUAUAAAUUCGGCAAAAUCGGACGAAGCUCGAGCAAGCCAAGUUGACGCAUACAUACAAGUAUGCCUAGCGACAGAUGCCCCUGAGCCACGCACAAUCGCCUUGGAGAAUCUCUCAACCCUGAUAGAUGAAAUGCUUUGCAACAAAUCAGGGACAGUUCUAGGGAAAAUUCCCACCAAAGAGGUUGUCGUGCAGCUGUGGGCGGAUCUACACAGGAAGCCCAUGAGCCCGAGUCUCUCGGAUGCCAUCAUCCGGGCAAGCGGGCCCCUACUAGCCACCAUCAUUUUGCGAUCUGAUGAAACUGCCAGAAAUGAUACAGAGCGGUGGUUAAGAGCCUGGGGCGUAAUGAUGACUGAUGCUGGAAUCGCAGACAGGACAUUCGAUGCACGCAUGGCCGCUGUCAACGCCAUGACUUCGUUCUCAGCAAGUCUGAACUUAGCUGCAGAAGCGACCCCCAAUCCAGCACACCUCCCCUGGCUCCUAGCCCUAUACGAUGCCCUCAAUGACGACGACGACGAGAUCCGCGCUGCCGCUGCCGCCGCCACCACGCCCAUCCUGUCGAACCAGCGCCUCGUCUCCGUCGAGGCGGGGAAGCGUCUGCUCCACUGGCUCGUGUCGCGCUACGGCGCCCUCGACGAGUUCAGAGCGCACGUCGCGUGUCGCAUGGCGGGGCACACUCCUCCUACCCCUAACACCGCGCUACUGCUAGCCGACUGGGUCCCGGCAGAGGCGCAGCUCGCGGACGCCAUGCGCUUCGACGACGCGCUGUUCGUCGUCGAGGAGCAGAACUUGUACGUCGACGAGGUGCGCGAGGCUCGUCGGUGGCGCGACGUCUUCUUGUCGCUGCCGACAUCGCCUGCUACACCCAAAGCAACGCUCGAGGAAUGGACGCUCGCGGGCCUGCGGACGCUGACGCGGAUCGCGAGGAUGGAGGGAGGCGAUGGACCGCUCGGCUGGACGUCGAAGCCGGAGGUUUUUGCGAUUUGUGCGCGGGUUUUGGUUAGUGGUGCUGCGAUUGCUAGGGGUGGUGCGGGUGCGGAUGGGGUUAUGGGUGAGUUGCGCCGGUUUGGGGAUGAGGGACGGGUGGCGGGGGUGAAUGGGCUGUUGCUUGAUAUGUGUGUAGAGGGGUUGGAUGGUCGGUGAUGAUAGUGGUUGUCGUUGUCGUAAGGGGGGAAAGGGAAAAGGGGGUGGGGAAAGGGGCAGGCUUUGGCGUGGAUUAGUAGGGGGGUGGGUGGUUGUGGUAGUUACCCCCCCCUCUUUAAUGGAGGAAUUUUCACAGCUCAUGACAUGUCCUUGAUAGUAAAAUCUUCAUAUUCAAGAUGGAAUACAACAUUAUACCUAC